AUGGCAAACGCUCCAGUGAGCAUUUGGCCUUGCAGUAAACAAGUCAUUGUCCGGCCUCUGCAACAACCAGCAAAGCGGAGGAAUGAAGGCGGGGAAAGCCCUCAGAGGAAUCCUGCUGAGCGCUCAGAGGCAAGUGCAGUGAGUGAGGCUGACACUGAGGGCAAGCAGAAGGCAAGUGGCGCCACGCCCGAACCAGAAUCGGAACCAGAGAAGCAGAAUCAAGACGCCGCGACAUCCGAGAAGGAGGGAGAGUCCAGCAAGAAGGCCCAGGAGCAGGUCGCUGAACCUGGGCCUGCAGAUGCAGCUACAUCUCCUGAAGAGGAGCAGCUGAAGCCUCGCACCCGGACCUCUGCCGGCAAGGGCCUGUCCCGCCUCUUCUCCUCCUUCCUAAAACGUCGCUCGCAGUGCUCGCAGGACGGCGAGGGCUUUGAGUCGGAGAAGGCCAAGGACGAGAAAGCAGAGAAAGAGGAAAAGGCGGACAGUCCAGAGGAAGAAAACGUGGAAGAAGUGAAGAGUGAAGGCAAGGAGGUCAAAACUGCUGAAGAAAAAAACGAGGUAAAGGAAGUUAAGAAGGAAGAAGAGAAGCUCAAACAAAGAGAGGAAAAAGUUGAAGAAAAGGUCGAGAAAAAAGGCAGCAAAAAGAAAAAGAAAGAAGCAAAAAAGAAGGUGGAGCAGACGGUGGAGGAGAAAGUAAAGGAGGAUCCGUCAAAACAGGCAGAAGAGAAGACAGAAAAGAAAGACGAGACGAAAGAGGAGAAGGCAAAGCAAACUGUCGAAAAAGAGGAGGAAAAACCAGAGAUAAAAGAGGAAGAAAAAGAAAAGGACACCGCUGAGGUCAAAGAAAAGGACGCAGAGACUGGGAAAAAAGAGGAGGAAAAAGUUGACAAGAGAGUCGCUAAGAAAAAAGAAAAAGAGGACAAACUAAAGAAGAAGGAAGAGGAGAAAGCAAGAAGGAAAGCAGAGGAAGAAGAGAGGGCUAAAAAGAGAGAGGAAGAGAAGGCCAAAAGGAAGGAAGAGGAGAAAGCCAGAGAAGCUGAAAAGGCAAAAAAGAAAGAAGGAGAAAAGGUUAAAAAGAAGGAGGAAAAAGUGAAGGACGAAAAGGUCAAGAAGAAGGAAGAGGAGAAACCAAAAGAAGAGAGCCACUACAACGUAGUGAUUGAUUGA